ACAAUGUAAUUCUCACUUGUCUUUGGUUUGGAUAUGGUAAACCUGAAAUGAGUGUAUCGUUAGAAAUUUUUUUAAAAAAUGAAUAAACUUUCGACCACUGGGAUCUUAUGCGAAAUAAAAAAUGAAGAGAUUUACAUAAAAUUCUUUAUAUUGGUUGCUUGCGUGAAUACCAUUGCUCGAGCACCAAUGAAUGGAACACAGCAAUUCAACGCAAGAUGUUGUUGUGAUUGGUGCACACAAGAAGGUUCAUAUUUUGAAGGAAGUAUACGUUAUCCGUACGUAACGCCAUUACCGCUGGAAAGAACUUCAGAAAAUACUAUUGCAUUUGCAAAAGAAGCUUUAAACUCAGGACAUCCUGUUUUUGGUGUCAAAAGCGCUUCUCCACUAUUGCUUUUGAAAAGUUUUGACAUAAUAAGAGAAUUUACGCCAGACUAUAUGCACUGUGUCUUAGCUGGAGUAGUAACACAACUUACUGAUUCUAUUUUGUGUGAUUUAUUUAAUAGCGACAUCGAAAAAAAUCGAUCAAUUGCUACUAAACAUUAAGGUACCAAACAAAUUAUGUCGUUUAACUAGAUCACUAAAAGAUAGACGUAAUUGGAAAGCCUGAGAAUGGAAAAAUUGGCUACUUUACUACAGUGUGCCUGCUUUUAAUGCAGUAAUGAAAAAUAAAAAUAAAUUAAGACAUUGGUUGCUGCUGAUUCAAGAACUAUACCCAUUAAAAUCAAUGACAUACUAUGUGCACCAAUUAUUACAUAUAACAAAAAAUAUCAACGAUUGGGGACCAUUGUGGGCGCACACAGCAUUUUAUUUUGAAGCAGCUAAUCACAAUUUACUAACUGCGAUUCAUUCUUCAAGAGGUGUUAUAUUACACAUUUUAAGAUACACAAAUCUUCGACAACAUGCACAAAUUUUAGAAGAAAUUGUAUAUCCAGACUGUUCACCUUGCAUAAAAUACUAUUGCGAAAACAUACUUCAAUCAAAAAGUCAAAAAAUCUACAAAAUUUCUGAGAUAACUUAUUUUGGUAAAGGCAAAAGUAUAGAUCAACGACUACUUAAUCAGUUAAAUGUAUCACCAAGAACAAAUUUAUUUCAAAAAUUGUCCUAAAUAAUUGUUUGUACCAGACAUCUAAUCAAAUUAAUCGACGAUCUUGUAAUUAUUUUGUUAAAUGUGCCAUUUUUCAAAAUAAAUCAUUUUCUUGUAGAUUCAGUAAAUAAAACAGAACUAACAGUUUGUCAGGUAGUAAAAACUAAA